AAUCAUUGCUUGUGUGUCGGGUUGCAUGUAACCUGGGUAUGGGAUCUUUUUAACUAUCUUUGGCUUGCUUCCUGCUUACCUUUCCUGUCACUAGAGGGAGCAAGUGACACUGGAGAUGAACCAAUGAAAGUUGAUGUUGAGCAACCAAAUGAAGACCUUCCAAUGGAUGGUGAAGAAGCAGCCGAGAAUGUCAAUGUUGUUGCUUCUGGAGAAGAGAAAAACGUUGAUGAUGCUGAUGAGAUUGUGAAGGAAAGUGAAGAUGUUAAGGAAGAAGAAAAGGAUGAAGGCAUUAAGGAAGAUGAUGUUAAAGUUGAGGUUCAGGAACAACCAGCUGAAGGUGGAGGUAUACCAGGAAUAGUGAAGACAAACAGUGUCGAGUGAGAAGGAUGGGAUCCAUUCCUGCUUUUAGACACAACUCGCAGAUGUAGCAAUGACAGUAACAAUUUGACUGCCACUAACAUAUCUCCCAUCAACAUAGUCGUCAGUUACAUUGAAGAUGAUGAAGAUAAAUGCAAUGCUAAUGAAUCUCUUAUAUAAAACAAUUUACAAGGUGGAAAAAAUAUAAGUACAUUGUACAUGUAAGGACAAUUAUAUCUUGAAAUAAGUAGGACAAUAAGGUGUUCAGUUUUUGGAACAUAUACGUGUAGACCCUCAAGAGGUAUUUGAAAUACCAAAUGAAUUGAUGUAAUGCUACAAGUUAUU